AUGGACUCGCCACGAGAGACCGACGUUGUUUACGAGGAAAAGACACAUGGAGCCCCAUCUAUCAACAAGGCUUCCGAAUCCCUUGAUUCCAAAGAUGUCCAGAAUGACAAGUUCGGAAAGGCGCCUUACGAAAGCGAGAUUUUCUCUCAAACGGAUGAAGAAGCACGCGGGGGGAUAGUGAAUGCGCUCGAGACUGCGGAAGAUAUUGUUACUGCUGUCAUUAAUGUCGAAGAUGACCCAACUUUGAACCCUUGGACGUUCCGCAUGUUUUUCAUUGGUAUGGGUCUGUCGGCUUUCGGAGCUGUACUCCAAGAAAUUUUCUACUUCAAGCCUCAAGUCAUUUAUGUAUCAGUCAUGUUCUUAACUGUCAUCGCAUAUGCCAUUGGAAUAUUCAUGGCUUUUGCCAUUCCAAGACGGGGUGCAGUCGGUCGAUUCCUUAAUCCUGGUCCAUUCAAUCAAAAGGAACAUGCUGCCGCUGUCAUAAUGGCAUCGGCCGCUGCAGUUUCGGCUCUAUCAACAGAAGCACUUGCAGCACAAAAGCUUUGGUACGGAGGAUACCCCAGUCAAGCUGCUGGUGUAUUCUUGACUUUAGCCUCACAAUUGAUUGGAUAUGGCAUUGCAGGUAUGAUGAGGAGUAGUCUUCUGUGGCCUACGAAGAUGCUUUAUCCAGCAAACCUUCCUGUUACUACUGUUUUGGAAACUUUACAUAAGGAGAAAGCAACCAACCAGAAGAGAAUGAAGAUUUUCUGGCUUAUUUUCUUCGCUCUAUUGGUUUGGGAGUUGCUUCCCGAGUACAUUUUCCCUCUUCUUAUUGGUGUUUCAAUUUUCUGUCUUGCAGACCAACACAACCUUGUCUUCACCAAUCUUUUCGGAGGUGCAAACGGAAACGAGGGUGUUGGUUUCCUGUCUCUUUCCUUCGACUGGAAUUAUGUCGCUAGUUUUGGAUCCCCGCUAUGGCUGCCCCUUCAAACCCUGGUAAACAGCUUCGUCGGUACUCUCGGCUGCAUUAUUCUCUUCAUGGCCGUGUACUAUGGUAACAUUUGGAGAGCGCAAGAUUUCCCAUUCUUGUCUCAACAGUUGUUCAAUGGCGAUUCUAACUCCACAUACUAUGAUACCUUCAAUGAGACGACAAUCCUCAACGACGAUUUCACCGUGAAUGAGGAGGCUCUUGAAGCUGGAGGUAUUCCUUACAUGGCUUCCACUUACAUUGUCUACCUCAUCACAUCCAAUAUGGGGUUUACUGCUAAUUUUGUCCACAUGUUCCUUUGGAAUUAUGAUGACAUUAAAGCUGGAUGGGCUUGGGCCAACAAAGCUACGCUCAAGAAGAUGCUUACCCCAUCUCAUUAUAUAUUCUGGAAAGGCAAUAGUGGCACACGUAGCGAAGAAGAAAAGCAAGCUAUGAGAAACGACCCCAACAUUGAUCCACAUUACAAAGUUAUGUUGGAUUACGAUGAAGUCCCCGAUCUGUGGUACUUCUUAGCAUUCUUGGCAAGCUUCAUCACUUCAAUGGCUUGUCUUUAUGCUAUGAAGUCAACUCUUCCAUGGUGGGGUUUGAUUGUGGCUAUGCUUUUUUUGGUGCUUUUCAUGUUGUUCUUUGGCGCUCAGUAUGCCAUUACUGGUUUUCAAUUCAAUAUCGAACCUGUUGCUCAAACCCUUGCUGGAUAUUUAUUCCCUGGAGCUCCCCUUGCAAAUAUGUAUUUCACAACCUUCACCUACAAUGCUCUUCAACAAGGGCAGUAUCUUCUCCGAGAUUUGAAACUUGCUCAACAAAACAAGCUUUCUCCAAAAGUCACUUACACAACCCAGAUUAUCGGGUGUAUCUUUGGUGCUUGUCUCAAUUAUGUUAUGAUGAUCACCAUCGUCAAGAAUCAAACUCCAAAACUUCUCACCAUUGAAGGAACACCAAUUUGGUCAGGAGCCAACGUCCAGUCAUUCAACUCACUCGCAAUAGCCUGGGCUAUUGCUCCAAAGAUGUUCUCUAUCGGUGCUCGCUACCAAUGGGUAACCAUCGCAUAUCUCCUCGGAUUCCUCGUCCCCGUACCCUUCUGGAUUAUGCACCGAUAUUUCCCUCAUCAACGUAUCUGGUCUUACCUCAACCUCUCAAUCAUCCUUUGGUAUUUCGGAUACCUUUGCGUCGGUAUCAACGCCAGUGUCUUCAUGUACUAUUACAUCGGAGCAUUCGGCCAAUUCUACCUCCGCAAAUGGAGACCAAAGUUUUUCGUCAAGUGGAAUUACUUGGUCUCUGCCGGUCUUGACGGUGGAACCCAAGUCAUGGUAUUUUUACUCACUUUCGCUGUUGCAGGAGGAAGUGGAGUUAGCAGACCAUUUCCAACUUGGGCUGGAAAUCCCGCAAGCGGUAAUGUGGACAAAUGUAUGUAUAAUGAGGCUAAUGGAUAA